AUGGAUGAUGCGAAGCUAUUUGGUAAAACAAAAGUUGAACUGAAUUUAUUAAUUGAAAGCACAAAAGAAUUUAGCCAAGACAUUGGUAUNGUCAGUCAGUCUGUGCUUUUUCACCCUUCUGUUUCAGAGCUCCCUUCAUCAGAACAUUUGAGUGUAGCCGAUGCAACAUGGCUGGCCCUCAACGUCGUCUCGGGAGGAGGUGGCUUCUCCGGCUCUCAGCCUAUCGGUGUGACCAAAAUUGCCAAAUCAGUCAUAGCUCCACUAGCCAAUCAGAAUAUCUCAGUGUUUAUGCUCUCCACCUAUCAGACAGACUUUAUUCUGGUACGCGAGAGGGACCUGGCCUUUGUCACUCACACCCUGGCUUCUGAGUUCACCAUCCUCAGAGUCGUGAAUGGGGAGACUGUGGCAGCCGAUAACCUUGGGAUAACCAACGGAUUUAUGAAACCAAAACUGGUGCAAAGGCCUGUCAUCCACCCCCUUUCCAGUCCGAGUAACAUGUUCUGUGUCACCAGCCUGGACCCUGAUACCCUUCCCUCCGUUGCUACACUCCUUAUGGAUGUCAUGUUUUACUCCAAUGGAGUAAAAGAUUUAGUGGCAAGCAAUGAAGAUUCUGAACACAUUCGUUUUUUCUCAUUUUCUCUCAUUGAGGGAUACAUUUCUUUGGUGAUGGAUGUACAGACGCAGAAAAGGUUUCCUACUAAUCUGUUGUUUACAAGCGCAUCAGGAGAACUCUGGAAGAUGGUUCGCAUUGGAGGGCAACCUCUCGGCUUUGAUGAGUGUGGAAUCGUGGCUCAGAUCUCUGAGCCUUUAGCUGCCGCAGACAUCCCUGCCUAUUACAUCAGUACUUUUAAGUUUGAUCAUGCACUGGUUCCAGAAGAAAAUAUCAACGGUGUUAUCAAUGCACUCCAAGUCAGUCAACCUGAAAAAUAUUAAUUUUUUCCCCCCCAGAAUGGGACCUAGGUGUAUUUUAAAACAAAGAAUUCUUCUCAGUAUUUCCUAGCAAUGGGGUGGGUGGUUCUUUCUUUCUUUCUUUUUUUUUCUUUUUUACUCCAAAGAGAGCACGGGAGAAAUAUUUUGCCAUGCCACGAAGAAGUGAUGAAGCAAAAGACUAUUGCAUAGGCAAAUUGACUCCCAGUAGCUUUUUACAAAAUAGUAA